CCCAUGGCUGCUCCUCUGCCUGUCAAGCCUCUCCGAGUCGCGAUUAUCGGCGCUGGACCGGGCGGCCUUGCUACGGCGAUCCAUCUGUUGAGGCUGAAGGACGUCGAGCUCAGUGUGUUUGAUCAGGCGCGCGAGCUGCGCGAAGUAGGGGCAGGAAUCAGCUUGAAUGAAAACACCUGGAGACUGCUGCAGGAUCUUGGCGCCGCGGACAAGCUCGAGCAAUACGUGAAGCGCGGAGCAAACGGCAAGAUACUGAUGGAGCAUCGCAAUGGGCGGACUGGCGCACUGUUAUCGCGCGCUUACCACAAUGGCGAUCCAGACAAGCCUCCCGCCGUCCGCGUCGAGAGGUAUAAGCUGCAGAACGCCCUACUCAGCCAAAUCCCCCCAGACCUCAUCCAGCUCUCCAAGAAACUCGCCUCCAUCACCGAGACCCCCUCCGGCGUCACCCUCACGUUCACCGAUGGAACUACCGCCGGUCCCUUUGACCUCCUUGUGGGCGCCGACGGCAUCCGCUCCGUCGUCCGGCAGCACGCCUUCCCCACCCACAAACUCAAAUACACCGGCAAGGUCGCGUACCGCGUGCUUAUCCCGCAGGAGAAGGUCGCGCACCUGCUGCCUGAUAUACCCCCUGCGUCGUGCUUCUGGCACACGCGGAGGAAUUAUAUCUACACGAAUGUGCUGGAUAACGGGCUGUUUGAGAUCGCGACGAGGGCGGAGGAGCCAGAGGAGCAUGGGAAUAAGGUGAGCUGGGGGCAGACAAUGCCGAAGGAGCAGGUGGUACAUCACUAUCAGCAUUUCUGCCGGCUGCUUCGUGAGGUCAUUGACGCGCCCGACGACUGGCUGGAGUUUGCGAUGUUCGGCGGCCCUAGGCUCGAGUCCAUUAUCCACAAUGACCGGAUCGUUUUGGUUGGUGAUGCAUCGCAUCCACUUUCUGGGGCCUUCGGCUCUGGCGCCGCCUUUGCCUUCGAGGAUGCCUACGCCUUGAAGCACGCCGUCGACUUCGCACGAACUCACGGCCACGAUCUCGGAUACGCGCUACAGUUGUUCGACUCCGUCCGGGCGCCGCGGUACAGAGACUUGUACGGCGUCCUCGACGGAAUGGCGAACAACACUGAGCAGGUGAAGUCGCAGAACCCUGACAUCGACGACGACGCCUAUGUCGAGAAGACCACCGAGCGGAACUGGCAGCAAGCGCAGGAGCGCGGUUUCAUCUACAAGUACAACGUUAGUAGUACUCGCCCUAUAACACCCUCACCUUUCGCUGAUGACUGA